GGAUGUUUGAAAUGCCAUCAGACACUGUACUUUACUUAUUGGAUUACAUACUUUCAAAAACUACCCUCUCAAUUGUUUCCAUAAGGCUCAACAUGCGGCUUUUUAUUUUCGUGGUAUCAAUCGCAAUCAUUGAUUUUUCAACUGAAGAAGCAAGAGCCGACGUGAGACUUUAUAGAGGUUAUCGUUUAAACAAAGACAAACGAGGUGCAGCUGAUUAUUCCACAAGUUACGUUCAGGCUACACCAUCUCAAUUACAAUCACAAUCAUCAUCGUCGCAAGCUAAUUAUGUUCUUAGUCCAGGAAUUCAAAAUUAUGCUGCUUUGGGUGGUUCUCAUGAUCCCUCAGCAGCUGUUGUGAGUCCUAUUUCAAAUUUUGGUCACACUUAUAAUUUGAGAGCGCAUUCGUUGAGUGAUCAGGGGAAUUUAAUUUUACCAACGCAAACAAAAGCGGGGCCAGUUACUUUUGGUGCUCAAGCAGCAAGUAGUGCUUCAAGUAGUUAUCCUUCUGCAGCACUUCAUGGUGGAAUUCAAGGAAUGGCAAUGCUGAGUGGUCAAUCUGGAGGUUACAGUAUACCAUUAUUACUAGCAGCAUCACCAGGAUUAUCUGAUGUCCAUCUAUUGCCACAAACUUCCGCAGGUUCUGGCGAAUCUCAAAGCUACGGUGUACCAAUUUCUGGUUCACAACAACCAAAUAUAGGUAGUAUUCUUCUAGCCGCAUCACCUAUAAGUUCUUCAAAAUACAAUAUCCCAAUGUCAGCAUCACCUCAAGGUGGUAUUAUUUAUGCCCCUUACACCUCAGCCUAUGGAACAUCAAAGGAUGCACUGUCUGCAGACAGUGGUUUAAGUAGUACAAAUUAUGCUCAGCCAAUUCCAUCGUUCGAAGGCUCAAAUUCCGGGUCUAGCUCUUUUUCCAAAUAUAUACCAGCUUCCUCAGAGGGAAGUGCUUACGUACCUAAAAAAUCUUUGAUUAGUAAUUACAGAUCUCAAAAUUCUGCAUAUAAUUCUCCCAGCGCCAGCACUAGUUCUAAUCCCACUUACAAUUCUUAUAGUCACAGUUUUAGUUCCCCUAGCGCUUAUAGACAGUUGAAUAAUAAAUACAGUUCUCCAAGUUCCAACUAUGUUUCUCAAGUGGAAAAUUACAGUUCUCCAAGUACUCAAAGUCAAUCAAGUCCAAGUUAUACAAGUGGUAGUUAUCAAUCUCCCGGCUAUUCUGGAAAUACUAAAGGAGGUGGGUUAAGUGUUAGUUACGCUAAUUUGGGUUCUAGCUAUUCUAGCCCUAGCCUACCCUCUAGCCACUCUCAUCCCAGUUCCAGUCAAUCAUCGUCUGGACACAGUUUUUCAGGAACCAGCUACGGUUCUCCUAGUAUUAGCUACUCCAAUGGUAAUUCUAAUUAUUUGACACAAAGUGCGAGCAAUUUAAAUCCAUCUGUUGCAUAUGCCAGUGCUGAUUCUGGACAUUCUGGAACAAGUGGUUAUCCUACCAGCUAUGCUAGUUUUCCUCAAGGUGAUUUAUCUGGAGCAUAUGCUAGCUUGAACACCAAAUACCUUAGGUAUCCAGAGACUAAAGUCGCUGAAAAAAAGCAAUCUACUUCAUCGGAAUACGACACAAUUUCUUAUUCAAGUCCUGUUGAAUUAUCAUAGUUCUUUAUUAAAUACUACGACUUUUUCUGAACAUACACUUAGACUUAGUUCUAAUCGAAAAAAAUCUGAAACGUUCUCCAAACAUCAAGUUUGUAAAUUUACUACUAUGUUUGAUCUUAAGGUCUUAAAUCUUUAUGCAAAAGUAAUCAAAGACCUAUUCAAAUUAAGAUAACAAAUUUUUGUUCCCACUUAGAAUGAAACAAUUUUUAACGAAGUGUAAUGUUCCACCUAAGAAAUUCAAUUUCGAUGCUUAUUAAAUUGAAUAGUAUUCGCUACGCAUAAAUCAAGGUUUUUUCAGUGUAGACUAUUUUCUU